UUCGUUAUUUUAAGUCUAACUUAUGUCUAAUUUUAAUGGAAUAAUUUAUUUAGUAACAUGUAUUACAUGUUUUAUUCGGAAGUAUAUUUCUACCUGUGAUGUUUCACAUUCUGAUUGUAACAAAUGGUAACAAUCUCGUCACUGCCGGACGAUGUUAAAGUAAAUAAAUAAACUUGAUUAGCUUAUUUUUGUUCUUGUUAUGCUGCUAAGUAUCUUACGAAAUUAGCUUCGAAAAUGUAGUAAUGCCGUAUUAUGAAUAACGAAAUUUGUAUGUGAUAGUGUGAAAAUCACUACGAUGGAAAGUGAUAGCGACAGCGAUGAAAGCGAAUAUGACUUAACCUCAAACAAUUUUAAUCCUAUAAAGGCAUUAUUAAAUCCGUCUCGUGUUAAACUACCUUGCCCAAGUGCACCAUUAUUUGAUAAUCUAAAUAAAUAUGCUUCAAAAUUUUUGAAUCCACAGGCUAAACAGCAAAAGAAGGUAACGCCCACAUCACAACCAGAAGCUUCUACAUCACAAGAUGCGGCACCAGUGCGUAGAUUUCUGCCUCACCAAGGGCCGGUGACGUCACAGCGGCCGCAGCGCCGGGAGCGCAACGUGCUGACGCGCAUGGACGAGCCGCAGGAAGGACCGCUGGCCGUGCUCAGGGACUGCAUGGUGCGGCGCGCCAGGGUCAAGGUGUACACGCGGCACAUGGCCGGCAUCCGCGGCCACUGCGUCGCCUACCUGGCGGCCUUCGACAAGCACUGGAACCUGGCCCUGGAGGACGUCACCGAGACCUGGACCCGCAAGAAGAAGAGGAAGGCUCCCCCGGCGCUGGGCGGGGCCCAGCAGCCGGUGCGCAGGCGCGUGCAGCCGCCGCGGGUGACGGUGCUGCGCUCCGACGGCGCGCGCGAGCAGUGCCAGCGCCACGUGGGCCAGCUGGUGGUGCGCGGCGAGCAGGUGGCGCUGGUGUGCGUGCACGACCGCAGCUAGCCGCCCUCCACCUCCUUCUGCGGUCUGCGCUCUUCUUGCCGUGUACAGCGAUCUUCUUUUUUUUUUUGUAGGGGGGAGGAGGCAAUUUGAAAUAUUUGAAAAAAAAAAAAAUUCAGAAUUUGAACAAGUGUAGUCAAGAAACUUUACAUUACAUUGACACUGACACACACGACUAAUAGGCCUGCAGAAGUAUCCGUAUAGGCAGGUGCAAAGUUCACCUUGCAUCACCCAAAAUUCAUUGAUAUUUUUUCAAAAUUUUUCCCCUAACUUUUAGCAUCCGACACUGAUUGGUGAUACUUUUGAGACAAGUUACGCGACACAGAAUAUAAGUGGAUUUCACCAGUUAAGAAAGAGUUUAAAUGCGAAACAAGUUAAAACUCUGAACACUUGUAUUUCCUUUUUUUAAAAUUGGGCCACAGUUGUCCGAACACGAAGUUAGCAAGUGUGAACCAUCAACAAGCCAACAACAGACGAGUCGAAUCAAGUCCAGGUCGUUUGAGGUUGAUACAUCCUCUCUUGAGGACAAGCAGCCCAACAGUACCAUUGAAUCUAGCCUGUAGGUAAUUGAACAUGCAACAUUUCCCAGUCGGUAAAAAUGAGCUAUCAUGAUGUCGACAAAUGAAUCACAGUUAGCCAUUCAGUGCAUGUGUGUAUGUCCCAGUUUGUAAAUUGUGUUUCUCUCCGACACCGAUAACGUGGUACAGUCGCGAAUUGUGACACUCCAGGCCUGAGUAGUUAUUCAACUUAGGCGUGUUCUCAUUCAAGUGAGAAAGACAGUGCGAGUCUGAAUCCGACCGACUAACUUCAGCUACAGGUUCAUCACCAAAAAAAUAUGUAGAAAACGUCUAAAGGGCUUCCCGAGGCUUAUACGCAUUUCAAGUUGGAGCUGAACAACUUAUAUAUUGCAAAUAACAGAGAAAUUUUUUUAAGAUGAAACACUAAGGCCGGCUUGCACAGUUGUGACUUGAGGCAAAGAAAAGUAUUUCUCCAUUUGAUUAAUCUGCAAAGUUUUUUGCUCGGAUUUUACUUACCUGACACUGCAAGCGGCCCUAAAGUCCUGUAUAACGUUUGAUUUAAAAACAAAUAAUGUUCUACAACCACUGCGAAACUUGUUGAUGUUGUAAAAUUAUUUCAUGGAAAUCGGUACCCGGUUUUCUCAAACACGUUUUGACGCUGAAGAAAGUGGUUUAUGAUAAAAUUAUUAUUCUACAGCAACAAGUUAAACGGUUGUUGUACAACUUCGUCCAGUUAAACGUUAUCCAAAUGCUUAGUGCUCCAUUUGAAAUAUUUUCUAUAUUAUUUGCAGUAAAACAGUUUUCCAGCUCAAACUUCAAAGGGGUAUACCAGGCUUGCGAAGCAUGCAAAUUUCGCGAAAAGAUUUCGAGAUUAGCUGAACGUUAAUACAUUGUAGCAUCGUCUGUGUUUCGUGAUUGGUUGAGUUUCUUUCGGGUGCAUGUCUAUUGUCAGCACACCAAUCACAGUAAUUAAGGGGUCGUCCAUUAAUCACGUGAUGUUUUUUUAGCAAUUUUUUAACCCCCCCUCCCCCCUAGUGAUUUGUGGUGAUGUUUUAGGUGUAUUUUUUUUUGGUACAAAAUAUUUUUAAAAAUUUCAGAAUAUUAUCUUUAAAUAUAGGUAUAAUCUAAUUUAAUUCUGGAAAAUUAAGCACAGUGAUGAAAAUGUCCAGACACACAUUAAGGUUGCAGGUUUAUUCUCACUGGCAUAAAAAUAAUAAAGGAAAGGCGUAUAAGUAGAAAUCGCGCGAAAAAAAUAACUACACGUGAUAUCGCUCUACACCCCCCCCCCCCCCACCCCCCUUGUGAUAUUUCGUGAUUUUUCCCGACCCCCCCCCCCCCCCCCUUUUUCGAGCCUCACGUGAUUAAUGGACGAUCCCUAAGCGCAGCAGCAAACGCGCCUGAUUGGCCCGGCCAAAUAAGGCAACGUAUUCUCUCGCAGACAGCCGCCAAUCACAAGGAAGAAACCUCUGGCGCGUGCAUACCAUAUUGCAGUCUAGUGAGCUUUCUUAUCUUUUCGCAAAAAAUAGUCGUAUGUAUUUUUUCAAUUUUAUUUAUUCAUUUAUUUCGUGUUGAACCUGCAGCCAAAGUUUGUAGGUCGAAAUCAUAUGGGAGGAACUCCUGAUUCUACUUUCGCUACACGUGUGAAUCAUAGAGGUAAUGUAAUGUAGAAGAUUUUGUUUAUGAUUAUUUAAAAGACUGGAAAAUAAAACUGACGACCUUAAAGUAAUUUAGAGUGUGGUUUUUCUACUUAUUACUGUUAUUAAAGUGAUUAGGUGUGAAAAGUGAACUUUUGAUAAACCAAUACAGUAAAUGCAACUUUGGUAUGUUAGUUUUUGAGUAGUGUCAUGAUCAUUUUUUUGUGUGUAUAAUACAUGAUGUUUGUUAUUUAUGGUCGAUACUGUGAUAUUCAAAACCUUGCCUUCAUUAAAGAAUGUAUUAUAUCAAACAUUAAGAUUUAUUAAACACAUGUUGAAAAAUGUUCAAAAUUAUUUUGUACUGAAUUUGUGUUUCUCGUUAAAUUUUUGGCACAAAUAACUGUGAUUGUAAUUUCUAAGCAAAACAAAUAAGUUUUAUAGGUUUAUAAGUUUUAUAGUAAGUCUUACAGUACUUCCCAGAAAUAGGCAACAUCUAACCUCGGUAACGAGCAAAUUCGUGUGUUCUGAUGCUGCAAAUACAUUUAUAAUACGAAAUCGGACCAGAAAUGUAACUUAGAAUUCUUUAAAAUAAUGAUAAAUAUACGCAAAUUGUGUUUUCAACUACAAAUCUUGACGUGAAUCACUCGUAGUUUCCACACCCACCGUUAGAAUUCGCUGCCGGAGCAGCUACGCCGCGCCGACUAUAAAAUCAUUCCAUUUGCAUAGCGAAAUUUUAAAAAUAUAUAAUGAAACGGCUCCGAUAAAAGCAGUUCAAAUUUGAAAAAAAAAAAAAAUUGCUAAACCCUGGCUUUGGACCAGAUUUUCGGCAAGGAAUUUUAUCAAAAUACUGUCCAUCUUUUUAAAGUACCGUGGUUACACAUUUCCGUUCCACGCGACUUCCGUCCAUUCACGAAAUUACUCCUUCCUAAUGCCGUAUACAUAGAGAUAAGAUGUUACUCAUAAAACAAAAUGAUGGCUGAUUUUAAUAUAUUUAACAGCCACCAUGUACCGCGCGACGCAGUGGCAAAGGCAACAACUGGAGUCGCACUCGGGGUGGGCACGGGUUUGAAUCCCAGCCCAUCUACCAACCUUUUUGUUUCCCGAAAGCUUUCAAGGAAAAUGCCGGGGUAGUUGACAACAGUAGGCCAUGGCGAAUUCCUUCCCCGUUGCUUGUAGGCAGAGCCACGAUUAUUUCGAGGAUCCGUUGUGUAGCGAAGGGACCUGACGCUCACAUUCGCUGACUUCACGCGGAUGACUGGACCUCAGUGCACCUUUAAGGCAGCCCUUAGCCAGUUAUAAGCCAGGAGAAUAAAUAGUAAACCAGUCAUGCUUAAACCGAAAAAGAAAGACGUCAAGAGUUUCCACGUGAUCUUUUGGAUGUUUGUUGCAAUUGCGGGGGUUGGUACCUCUGUAGAGCCGUAACUCAAUUAGCAACCGACUAAGGAGGAAAAAUGUGUCAGUGCAAUAAAUAGGCAUGCAUGUAAACUUGGUAGACGAGUCGUAAAGAAGAGCGCAAGUUAAUACAUUUUUUUUUUUUUUUGGCGAAUCCAGCGCGUCCGUGUCGCUGUCGACGUCACCUCCGACCGGCAGGGUUAAGGGGGUGGGGGGGGGGGGGGGCAAUAUCCUCCCCCUGCCGUGGGAGAGAAACUCUAGUGCUGAGACUGAAGUAGUUUUGAAGUGGUUUAGUUUUUUGAAGUAGUAUCGGGCCCGCUCGCUAGACAGUAGCUUUCAUGAUAUGUUACUAGUAGCUUACCUACAUUGACCGUGAGAAGUACAUAAUAGGUAGGUACACAAUAUAUUAUCACGCA